CGUUUGGUAAAUUCUACUGCGGUCACCCUGACCUCCCCAUAGAGAAAAGAAAAUUUUUUUCGCCCUAAUAUAAAACAAUAAAAAAAACAACAAAUUAAAUUUGUGCAUUGAAUUAAUACGUGUUGACCAAAGUUUUUGCCAAGCAUUUGUUGAGUGUUUCGCACAUUUCCACUUAGAAUUAACAAGAAAUUGAACUAAAAUGCCGCGAGACUAUGACAGAGACUACAAUGAAGACACCGCUGCCGACUACAAGCGCAAGCGACGUGAUGAUGAAGCCGCCGGCACCGGCAGUGCAGCAGAUGCCCCAGAAGUCGACGGCAGCCAUGGACAUGCAACGAGUCACACGCCGUUGCACGAUACGCCACAGCUGAAUGAGAAAACCAAUGCGUACCUGCAGGAAUGUUUGAUGGAGAAGAAGACGCUAGAGAAAAAGAACAUUAUAACAAAGCGUCUGCUGGACGAUGAGGUUGAAAAAAUACUGGUGAGCGGUCGCAUUCCAAAACCUGAGAUAUACGCUAAUGUGUAUAGUGAAAAGCCAAUAAGAGUGGCUCAGAAAGUCCUCUUCCCCAUCAAAGAGUAUCCAAAAUUCAAUUUUGUCGGCAAAAUACUGGGUCCCAAGGGCAAUACACUGCGACAGCUGCAAGAGGAAACGCUCUGCAAGAUGGUCGUCAUGGGACGCAACUCCAUGCGAGAUCAUGGCAAGGAGGAGGAGCUGCGCAGCUCGGGUAAUCCAAAGUAUGCACAUCUCAGCAGAGAUCUGCACGUAGAGAUAUCCACAGUGGCACCACCAGCUGAGGCAUAUCACCGCCUUGGUUAUGCCCUGUGUGAAAUACGCAAAUUCAUGAUACCUGAUGCCAAUGACGACAUUCGUCUUGAGCAACUGCGCGAAAUGGACGGCAAGGAGCGUAUGUAUAAGAAAUCUCAUCACUACUCCAAAUCAUACGGCGAGCACGGCGCUUACAGUACUCGCACACCUCCGCCAGCGACAUCUAAGCCGAAGGUAUAUUCGAUUCUCGAAAAAGCGCGAUAUGUUAUGGACGAUCCCAACUAUGGCAUUGUUAAAGCUCAUAGAUCGCGGGACCAUGAAUUAUAUGAUCACCAUGGGGAGUAUGAUCGAUAUGCGACCCCGCCACCGACGCAAUCGUCGAAGCACUCGAGUCAUCACGCUCAGUACGACAGCAGUUCGUAUGAGAGGGAUUACCGCCGUGAGUAUCAUCCACACUCGUCUUCCUCAUCCUACCCGGCGGCCUAUCCAGCAAAACCAAGCAACGGUCGUUCUUCAUCGUCAUAUAGACCAACAACAUCGGGCUCGGGAUCACAUUCAUCGGCUCACUAUGAAACUGGAUCACGUUCUCGUGAAAGCGUGCGUUAUCGCUCGGCUCCAUACCCAAAAAUGCGCUAAUUCACAUACUAUAUAUAUAUAUUUCACAAAGCAAAAACAAAAACAAGAAAAAAAGUAAAAACAAACAACCAAUCAACAAAGUUAAGAGUUAGUCUUUCCAGCACCAACUGCGACAACAACAAAAAAAAAAAUUCCAUUUAAAAUCAAUGCGAAAACAAAAAUAAGAAAAAACACCCAAACUACAAAAAUGUUUAAUGUCUAAUAAUCCAACCAAUAAUACAUCAAAUCUAUGCAUACACUUACUUAUAAAUAUCUACUAUAAUCGAAAUCCAAAACAAAAUGAUAAAGCAAAACCUAUUUUAUAGUACCAUGUUUCAAAAUAUUUAAUUUGUGUUCAAACCAAAAAAAAACAAAAAGAAAAGAAAAACAAAA